GGCAUUCCACUCCCGGUGACCGCAGGCUGCGGUGCCUGGAGGCGAGUGCGGACGGAUAACCAAGCGCGAGGAUGAGAGGUCUUUGGACAACUCACAAUAGCCUGUUUUUUCCUACUAUGUGGGUCCCAGCGAUGGAACUCGAGUUGUAAGGCUUGGCAGCAAUCGCCUUUACCAGCUGAACCACCUAGCUGGUCCCAGAUUAAGUUUGUUCCCUGUGCCCACAAAUAGGAUCAUCACAAAUGCCGACAACUCCAGUUCCAGGGCAUCCGACAUCGCCAUAUUUCAUUCUCUCACCAUGAAGAGGAGUGUCUCAGAGGUGAAGACUAAAGCCCCAGUUAAUGAAGCCUCACCUUCACCAAAUCCUGAUCAGAUACCAAACCAGCUCUCUGAAAAGAAGCGAAGAAUUCCAAUCACGUCGUUGCCAACCUGGUACAAGGAACCAGUGAUCUUCAAAGAUGUAGCUGUGUACUUCAGCCAGAAAGAGUGGCAGCUACUGGAGCCUGCUCAGAAGGACCUGUACAAGGAUGUGAUGCUGGAGAACUACGAGAACCUGAUCUCUGUGGAAUAUUAUAUUUUCAAGCCAAAGUUGAUCACCAGGUUGGAGCAAGGAGUUGACCUUUUUGCCAAAGAGAACGAUGUUCCUGGAGACCCCCAGCAAGGUGAGGCGGGAGUCAGCAGAAGUGACACCUCUGCAGGGAAGAAGACGGGGGAUAAUUCCACAAAGACAGAAAUCUGGAAGCCAGACAAUUCUAAGACAACAUCACUGGAGAAGCAGAAGAAGGCAGAUCAAGGCCAUGGUUCCCAGAGUUUGAGAGCAGAAAAGACCUCAAAAAGUGAUGACAGGGCAUCUCAAAAUAAGGAGAAAUGUGCCUCAACUUCGACUACAGAAGCAAGCAAAACCAGCAUACUGGGCAAUAAGGAGAAUGAUUCUGCAAUUCCGGGCACAUCUUCGGGUCAAACAUCAGCAGCAACUACAACACCACAGAGUGCUCCUUCAGAAAAGCCGACCUCGGAGAAAGAUGUUGAGGGAAAACCACAAAACAUGAGGAGCAGUUCCACAAAUCCAAAGCGCAAGCCUGCCCGACAAGGUAAAAACCACUUUAAAUGCAAGGAAUGCGGGAAAACCUUCAACCAGACCCUCCACCUUGUGGAACAUGAGCGAAUUCACACAGGAGAGAAACCCCACAAGUGUGACACGUGCGGCAAAUCUUUCCGGCACCUCUCAUACUUCCUCACGCACUACCGAAUUCACACGGGAGUGAGACCCUACAAGUGUAAGGAGUGUGGCAAAGCCUUCAACAGCAGCUCCACUCUCAACAAUCACUGCAGGAUCCACUCAGGGGAGAAACCCUUCAAAUGUGACGAGUGCGGGAAAACCUUCAAGCAGAGCACAAAGCUCACCCGUCACCAACGGAUUCAUACCGGGGAGAAGCCCUACAAGUGUGGAGAGUGUAACAAGUGCUUCGGCCGCAGCUCAUCCCUGAGGGAGCACAAGAGGAUCCAUACGGGAGAGAAGCCGUACUGCUGUCAGGUGUGUGGGAAAACCUUCAGGGUCAACUCACAUCUUUCGGAGCAUCAGCGGCUCCAUUUAAAGGUGAAGCCUUACAAGUGUGAUAAGUGCGGGAAACACUUCCGAAACAGCUCGUACUUGACGGAGCACAAGCAGAUCCAUGUACCUGGGGCCCGAGUGGACUGCCCUGAAUGUGGGAAAGUCUUCGCUUGCAAAAUAGCCCUUCUCAAGCACCAGAAGAGACACGAGGCAAACUCCAGGUACCGGUGCAAGGGAUGUGGAAAGACUUUUAGAUGUAAGUCAAGCAUCCAAAGGCAUGAGAGGCUGCACGCUGGGGAGAAACCUUUCGUGUGCACUAAGUGUGACAAAGGUUUCACUGACAAAACUACAUUGAAUAAUCACUUGAAAAUCCACUCUGGAGAUAGGCCAGAUCCAUGUGCCCAGUGCGGGAGAACCUUUAAAAAACUGGCUACCCUGCUGAUUCACCAGAAAAAGCAUAUUAAAAAGAAGCCCACAGAUGUAUAAAAGACCUUUAGCCAGAACUCACAUUUGGGUCUUUGGGACAAAGUCAAAGCAAGAGAAAUGAUACACAUGAACAGUUCCUUCAUUUCUAAGUAGCUGUUUCUCAGUAAGCCAGUAGUUUUCUAGAAAUGACUGUUUUUGUAACCCUUCCCGGACUUGGAGCAUUUGUGCAAUAUGAACAAACAUUUUUGUUGUUGUUGUUACUAUUCCAACAGACAGGUACUACUAUCAACUGCAUCUGUGGAUAGAGGCAAAGGAUGAUGUCAAACGUCCUACAGUGUACUAAACAGACUCCCUUGCCUUCCAAUAACUAAGGAAGAUCUGGUUGGCAUGCAAAUUUGAGGAAUUCAGGUGGACUUUUCUCUGCCAGCCACUACAGUAACCACUAAUGAGACAUGGCCGUUUAAAUAUCAACGUGUGGAAAACAUUUAAAUGUAAACACUUGGAUGAAUCAUUGACAUUCCCAGUCUUCAUUGGCUAGUGAGCCUCACUACAGCUAACAUUUUCAACACCAUGGAAGAUUCUGUUUAGAACUGAUGUGAAUGAUCAAUAAUCCCUUCAUGGGGUGACUCCAAGGAAGAUAGGACACAGCUUUGUGAAACUGAAUUGAUCUGUGCUUUUUUUAAAAGUAAUUUCUUUUUAACAGCAUAAUGUAGCAUUUUGUAAGGUUUGUGAAUGUGCUGGAGCCUGUGAUGUUUGGAGCACUUUCAGAACUCUGACUGGCCAGUGCCCACCCGCAGGACUCCUACCCCUACAUGUUCGGUGGGUUACUAAUAAUGUCUUUGAUAACUGUGAGCAUUUGUUGAUCACUAUCUACCUAUCAAGCAUGGUGCUGAACUCUUUAUGUGAAUUAUCAGAGCUAAUUUUCACCAUAUUCCUAUUGAGAUAAGAACUGUUAUGUACCUAAUUUCUGUUGAGAAAAUCAAGGCUUUUCUUUAAGUGUGUUCUCCUCCUCCUCCUCCUUUUCCUUCUUCUCCUUUCUCUUCUUCUUUGAUUAUUCCUAUUCGUAUUCUUCCCAAAGGACUCCUAGCUCCAUUGUGCUUUGGGCAGAAUGAUCAGUAGGUAACUAACAGUAUCACUGACGCAUUUGAGUGUUUAUUGAUGUCUUUCUACCUAUCAAAUAUGGUGCCAAAAUCUUUACAUGAACUAUAUCAGUUAAUGAAUUCUAUCAAUCAUAUGAAAUAAGUAUUAUGUACCUAAUUUUCAUUUUAUUUCCUUUUAUUUCCCUUUACUUUUUGAGGCAGAGUCUCACUGUGUAGCCCAGACUAGCCUCAAACUUGUGACAUUCUUCCUGCCCCGGCUUUUUCAGAGCUGGGAUGACAGGUGUGAGCCACCAUGCCCAGCUGAGCUGCUUUGUAAGGAUGGGUUAUUUACAAGUUUGCACUUAAAGACUACAUUGCUAUUUUUUAUGUUGCACUCUUUCAAAUAGAUAAGAUUUAUUAUAUGUUAGCAUAAAAUAUGUUUUUAAAUUUG